GCCCCGCGCGCACCGGCCCCGCCGAGCCCGACCCCGGGCGGCCGCGGCUGCUAUGCGGCUUCGCGGCGCACGGCCUGCACCGGGUUUGCGCCGACGCCUGCCGGACACUGACCCAGCUGAGGAUUAGGGACACCGGCUGUGAGCAGGGGACCCUGAGGCUGCCACCCCCAGAAAGUGCCAGCUCUGCGAGGGAAAGGGUGAUGUGCCGUGCUCCAGCUGCUGCCUGCUGAGCCUGAGGAGGAGUUUUGGAGCCUGCCUGGGACAAGCAGCACCCCAAUCCCAACGGGCAGCACCAAGCCUGCGACACACCGUAGCCCUUAAGCCAAGGAGACAUCGGACCAAGCCUGAGAGGGAUCAAGGGUCACAUCCUUCCUUCCUAACCCGGUGUCAACCCCGACGGCACUGCCCUCACCCCCGGCAGCCCCCUCCAGGGCUGCCUGCCCCCGGCGCUGCCCAGCUUUGGCCCCCAGCCCCGCUGGAGCGCGGCAGCCUGCCGGGCGCUGCCCCCCGGGCACUGCCCCCCGGGUGCAUCGCCCCCCGGCCCCCCGGGGACCCCCCGCCUGCCGGCAGAGCCAUGAAGCUGCAGGCGGUGAUGGAGAACCUGCAGCGGCAGCAGCGCGCGCGGCUGCAGCAGGCGCUGGAAGCGCGGCAGCAGGAGCAGCAGCAGCCGCCGCCACCGCAGCCACCACGCUGCACGUCCCCUCCAGCCCAGCCCUCGCAGCCCCUGGGGCAGCCCCCUGCCAGCAGCCGGGGCCGUGGGCAGGACGCGGCGCCCUCGGAGGAGGGAGCGGAGCCCGAGAGCGCGCACAUGCAGCGGGCACAGAUGGCCGCCCUGGCUGCCAUGCGGGCGGCCGCCGCCGGCCUCAGCCACUCGCCCAGCCCGGGGCUGUCGGAUGAGAGCCAGGCCUCCGAGGAGGAGGAAGAGGAGGAGCGCGGAGAGGAGGAGGAAGAUGGUGGCGGGUACCAGCAGGAGAUGGGCUCCGAGGAGGAGGAGGAUCUGAAGGGCAAAUGGGAUGAAGAUGACUUUGAAGAAGACCUGGGUGAGGAGGAAGAGGAAGAAGAAGAGGAGGAGGAAGAGGAAGACUACGAGGAAGAAGAAGACAUGGGAGAGGAAGGGCUCAGCUCGGCCGAGGCGGUGCGGGCGGGUGCGGGAUCCCUGCUGCUCCGCAAGCCCCCAGCGCCCCAGCACUACCGGGGGGAGCCCCCACGGCUGCCAGGGGGGCAGGAGCGGCUGCCCCCCGGCCUGGGCCACGCUCAGCCCCCACCACCAGCCCCUGACCACGGCGACUGGACCUACGAGGAGCAGUUCAAGCAGCUGUACGAGCUGGAUGGCGACCCCAGGAGGAAGGAGUUCCUGGAUGACCUCUUCAGCUUCAUGCAGAAGCGUGGCACCCCCGUGAACCGGAUCCCCAUCAUGGCCAAGCAGGUGCUGGACCUGUACAUGCUGUACACGCUGGUGACCGAGAAGGGGGGUCUGGUGGAGGUCAUCAACAAGAAGCUGUGGCGGGAGAUCACCAAGGGGCUGAGCCUGCCCACCUCCAUCACCAGCGCGGCCUUCACCCUGCGCACCCAGUACAUGAAGUACCUGUACCCCUACGAGUGUGAGAAGCGUGGGCUGAGCAACCCCAACGAGCUGCAGGCAGCCAUCGACAGCAACCGGCGGGAGGGCCGGCGGCAGGGCUUCGGGGGCUCCCUCUUUGCCUACUCACCUGGUGGCACCCACGGCCUCCUCUCCUCGCCCAAGCUGCCAGUGCCGGCGCUGGGGCUGGCAUCUGCCACCAAUGGCGGGGCCAUCACGCCUGGCCAGAAGAUCAAGAAAGAGGAGGACUCUCCCAUCCCCAUCUCCAUGCCCAGCCGGCUCCCGGUGUCCCUGGCCGGGCACCCGGUGGUGGCGGCGCAGGCGGCCGCGGUGCAGGUGGCAGCAGCCGCCCAGGCCGCGGCGCUGGAGCAGCUGCGGGAGAAGCUGGAGUCGGGAGAGCCCCCGGAGAAGAAGCUGGCGCUGGUGACGGACGAGCAGCAGCGGCUGAUGCAGCGGGCGCUGCAGCAGAACCUCCUGGCCAUGACGGCCCAGCUGCCCAUGAGCAUCCGCAUCAACAGCCAGGGCACACGCUCGCCAGGUCAGUGCCGGCCCCGGCCUCGCGUCCCCGCCCAGCUCCCGGCCCCGGCGGGCUCGGUAACGCGGCUCUUCCCGGCAGAGAACCGCCCGGACGCCGCUGCCGCCAGCAGCAACGGCACCAACAGCAUCAGCAUGUCCGUGGAGAUCAACGGCAUCGUCUACACAGGUGUGCUGUUCGCCCAGACGCCCGGCCCUUCCUCCUCCUCUUCCUCCUCCUCCUCCUCUGCCUACAGCAAAGGCAACGGCGGCAGCAGCCGGAGCAGCGGCGGCAGCGGGGUGGGGAGCGGCGGUGGGAGCGUGCCCCCCGCCCCGGCCGGCCUGGCCGUGCCCCCCAGCUCUACCUCCAACAGCGCUUCGCCUUAACGCCCCAGCCUCGGGCACCGGCGCCCGCGGGGGGACGGGGCCGCACCGGGGCUCACCGGGGUCUUCUGGGGUCUCGCCGGGGUCUCACUCGAGGUCUUGCCCAAGGUCCUGCCAGAGGCUCACUGGGAUCUCACCAAGGGUCUCACCCGAGGUCUUGCCAGGGUCUCUCUGGGGUCUCAACAGGAUUUCACCGGGAUCUCACCAGGGUUUCAUUGAGAUCUCACCUGGGUCUCUCUGGGGUUUCUUUGAGAUCUUGCCUGGGUCUCACUGGGAUCUCACCAAGGGUCUCACCCAAGGUCCUGCCAGGGUCUCUCUGGGGUCUUGCUCGAGGUCUUGUCAAGGUCUCUGUGGAGUCUCAGCAGGAUUUCACCGGGAUCUCACCAGGGUUUCAUUGAGAUCUCACCUGGGUCUCUCUGGGGUCUCACCAAGGGUGUCACCCAAGACCUGAGUGAGACUGGGGUCUCACUGGGGUCUCAUUGAGAUCUUGCCUGGAUCUCACUGGGGUCUUGCUCGAGGUCUUGCCAAGGUCUCUCUGAGGUCUCAGCAGGAUUUCAUUGAGAUCUCACCUGGGUCUCUCUGGGGUCUCACCAAGGGUCUCACCCGAGGUCUUGCCAGGGUCUCGUCAGGAUCUGGCCCGAGGUCUUGCCAGGAUCUGGCCUGAGGUCUUGCCAGGAUCUCAUUGGGGUCUCAACAGGAUUUCACCAGGGUUUCAUUGAGAUCUCACCAGGGUCUCUCUGGGGUCUCACUCGAGGUCUUGCCAGGAUCUCUCUGGGAUCUUGCUCGAGGUCUUGCCAGGGUCUCUCUUGGGUCUCAGCAGGAUUUCACCAGGAUCUCACCAGGGUUUCAUUGAGAUCUCACCUGGAUCUCACUGAGGUCUCACCAAAGGUCUCCCCCGAGGUCUUGCCAGGGUUUCUCCAGGGUCUUCUCAGUCUCUCGAUGGACCCUGCCCUUGUUCUCGUGUUGUUGGAUUUUCCUUUUCCAGGCAGAAAAGCUUUAGCCCGGGGGGUUUUGCUGGAGCCGCCGGCUGUCCGGCUGCGCCGCUCCGGGACCGUUUACCUCACUCACAUCACACUUUGCACUGUACAUUUAUUAUUAUUAUUAUUAUAAUUAUUGUUAUUUUUUAACUCGUGUUACCUCCAGACAGACGCGCGGACGCCUGCUGACGCGAGCUCUAGCGAAACCCCCCCGGAAUUCUAAAGGAAAAAAAAAAGAAACAAAACCAAAAAUCCUAAAAUUGGAAAUAGGGAGAUAUUUUAUUCGUUUCCAUCCUUUUCCCUCCUUUGUUUUGGGAACUCCACUCUCUGCAGGAUUUUAAGAGGUUGUUUUCGAUUGUUUUGUUGUAAAUAGCUUCUAUUUUAUUCUCUAAAAAAAAGGAAAAAAAAAAGAAUCAAUCUUUUAACAUGCAAAUGAUAUAUAUUAGUCUUCAUCAGGGAAAAUGGGAGCUUGGAAAAAAGUUGGAAUCUCCUUUCUCCUCUCCUUAUCGGUGGUUGGGUCCAGCUCUGCUCCUUCCCCCACCGCCAAAUCCUAAUUUUUAUUCCUCCCCCUGCAUAAAACUACUGUUUAAAGCCACUUUGGGCUUAUUUCCUCCAAAACCAAGCAGGAUCCAGAGGAUGGGGAUGCUCAGAGCUGCAGGAUGCUCUGGAGCACACAGACAACCCAAAGGACCUGAGCAUUUUAUUUUUAAGCCUCACAAUCUCAGUUUCUUUUAAAAUAUUUCCCUCCUCCCCCACCCCCCCUGCCACAAAAAAAAAAGAAAAAAAAAGAAAAAAAAGAAAAAUAUUCACCCACAUCUGCGUGAGACACAAUCCAAGCCGAUACCGAAACCCCCGAACCCCCCUCUCGGUAUCUCCGUUCUCAGGUUCCCACCUGGAGCACAGGGUUUUUUUCCCCCUUCCCCAGGUGCCCCCAACCCCAACCUUUAUUUUUAAUUUCACUCGGGGAAGUGGCGAUCUCAGGGGAUUUGGGUGUUUUUU